CGAAAGUCUAUUCUCUACUGAGUACUGUCAGUUAAAAAAAUUUUGUCAGUGUAAUAGCCUAUAAAAGAGUUUCCAUAGGUUACAAAUGUAGGAGCAGCUCAGCAACACAGAUCUGGUUCAGGAUCCCUCUCAAGCUUGAUGCUGUUACCCCAAGUCGUUGUCACCAGAAAGUUAUCCUGAGACUGGGGAGAUGCCUGGAAGGUUGCUCACACUCCAUGGUAUGGCACAGUCACAAGGCUGGGUGAGAAGAUACUUCAAGGCCUUUUGUAAAGGCUUCUUUGUGGCGGUGCCUGUGGCAGUCACUUUCUUGGAUCGGGUUGCCUGUGUGGCAAGAGUGGAAGGAGCGUCAAUGCAGCCUUCUUUGAAUCCCGGGGGAAGCCAGUCAUCAGAUGUCGUACUUUUGAACCACUGGAAAGUGAGGAAUUUUGAAGUACAGCGUGGUGACAUUGUGUCAUUGGUGUCUCCUAAAAACCCAGAACAGAAAAUCAUUAAGAGAGUGAUUGCUCUUGAAGGAGAUAUUAUAAGAACCAUUGGACACAAAAACCGGUACGUCAAAGUCCCCCGUGGUCACAUGUGGGUUGAAGGCGAUCAUCAUGGACACAGUUUUGAUAGUAAUUCCUUCGGGCCGGAAGAAAAUAAGAACUACAUGAAGGACAUUGUGUUCACUACAGUUUCUCUGGGACUUCUUCAUGCCCUUGCUACACAUAUAUUGUGGCCUCCAGAGCGUUGGCAGAAACUGGAAUCAGUUCUUCCUCCAGAGCGCUUUCCUGUUCAGAGUGAGGAGGAGGAGUGACUGCAUGAAAAGCCUGUUAUAGGAUGGGAUGCAGACAAGAGAAACCUCCUCCAAAGAGAGAUGUGCCAGAGAUAAGAUGCUGAGCAAGAAACCUUUGUAUUGCAUUAAGGUGGUCUGUAUUCUUAAAGAAAAAUUUUCAUUAUUAAACAGUGUCAAAUGGUA